UUAUAUGCUGCUGUUGUGGUGAGAGGAGGAAUCUGACGCUUUAAUUUACCAUCUUAUCUUGGCCUCCAGCCCUUACCACAUUGAGUGACACUAACAUUUGAUGGGGCUUGAGAAAAGCUUCCUGGACAGAAGCCUGCAGGAUCAGCCCUCUGGAUUUAUGGGUACUGCUUUGCUCGCUGGUUUCUGGUUAACCUGAGGCAAGAAGGGCUAAUCUGGCUGCAUUCUGAGUGCUGCCCUCUACAAGGCCCUGUGAGAGGCCCUAGACCCAAGUCCACUGAGCUCCCUUACCCCCAUCCCACUCUGGGGUCUGCCUGAGCCAGCUGCGUGAAGAUGACCUGCAUCUUCCUAGCAUGACGACCCUGGACCAUGUGAUCGCCACCCACCGGUCGGAGUGGGUCUCCUUCAGUGAGGAGCCGCUCUUUCCUGUCCCUUCGGAGGGGGGCACAGAAGAGCACCUCACAGCAUUGUCAUCUUCCUCAGACCAGUCUGAGGGCUCCUCCAGGGAGAACCACGCUCUGGAUGGAGGGUCUCAGGACCUUUCCCAGUCGGAACAGGAUGACUCCUCUGAAAAGAUGGGCCUCAUCUCUGAAGCAGCCUCCCCACCUGGGAGCCCUGAGCAGCCCAAACCUGACCUGGCCUUGGCCAUCAGCACCUGGGUGCAGUUUGAGGAGGACUCACCCUGGACUAGCACAUCACCACCUCGUAAAGAAACAGCCCUCCCGUUGACCAUGCCCUGUUGGACAUGCCCUUCCUUCAGCUCCCUGGGGAGAUGCCCUCUGACUUCUGAGAGCAGCUGCACCACCCAUUCUGAAGACACCAGCAGUCCUAGUUUUGCCCCAUCAUACACAGACCUGCAGCUCACCAAUGCCGAGGAGCUGACAGGUGGCAGGGCUUCUGGGGCUGACUCGACUGACAAUUCUUCCUCGCUCCAGGAAGAUGAAGAGGUAGAGAUGGAGACCCUUGGCUGGCAGACAAGCAGUCCAGCCAUGAAUGGACACCUUGCCACUCCAGAGACCUCUACUCGUUUCCCCAGCUGGGUCACAUUCGAUGACAAUGAAGUCAGCCGCUCUUUACCACCAAUCCCCUCUCCUCUUAAGUCGAAUAUACCACCUGUUGCAUCUGUGAUCCCAGAUGUACCUUAUAACUCCACUGGAUCCUUUAAGAAGAGGGAACGUCCCAAGAGCACUUUGAUGAAUGUCUCUAAAGUUCAGAAGCUGGACAUGUCCUCCUUAAGCCACCCACCUUCCGUAAGUGUAGCUCCACCUUGGAGGGCAACCAAUCCUUUCCUGAAUGAGACUCUGCAGGACGUGCAACCCUCCCCUAUCAACCCUUUCAGUGCUUUCUUUGAAGAACAGGAGAGGCGUUCCCAAAGCAAUUCCAUUUCCAGUACCACAGGCAAAAGCCAAAGAGAUUCCCUCAUUGUCAUCUACCAGGAUGCCAUCAGUUUUGAUGACUCAAGUAAAAACCAUUCGCACUCGGUUGCUGUUGAAAAACUCAAACAACUCCAAAUCGAUGAUCCUGAUCACUUAGGCAAUGCAACACUACCUGAUGAUGACCCAAUAGCUAGGAUUGAACUAAGUGAUCACCAGCCUGGAUUAACACUGUCUCAGCCCAGGGAUGGGUGGCCAAUGAUGCUAAGGAUCCCUGAGAAAAAAAACAUCAUGUCCUCCAGGCACUGGGGACCAAUCUAUAUCAAACUGACAGAGAGUGGUUACCUGCAGCUCUAUUAUGAGCAGGGCCUAGAAAAACCAUUCCGUGAGUUCAAGCUGGAGAUCUGCCAUGAGAUUUCAGAACCCCGGCUCCAAAACUAUGAUGAGAAUGGUAGAAUCCACAGCUUGCGGAUCGACCGUGUCACCUACAAGGAGAAGAAGAAAUAUCAGCCCAAACCUGCUGUGGCCCAUACAGCAGAAAGGGAACAAGUAAUUAAGCUGGGCACCACCAAUUACAAUGACUUCCUGAGCUUCAUCCAUGCAGUUCAAGACUGUCUCAUGAAUCUGCCAGUGUUGUCAAUGGACUUGAGCACAGUUGGCUUGAACUACCUUGAAGAAGAGAUUACAGUGGACGUUAGAGAUGAAUUCUCUGGCAUCGUGAGCAAAGGAGACAACCAGAUUCUCCAGCACCAUGUCUUGACACGGAUCCACAUUCUGACUUUCCUCUCUGGGCUUGCAGAGUGCCGCUUGGGCCUCAAUGACGUCCUUGUCAAAGGGAAUGAAAUAGUUUCCCGGCAGGACAUCAUGCCUACCACCACCGCGAAGUGGAUCAAGCUCUAUGAGUGCCGUUUUCAUGGGUGUGUGGAUGAGGAUGUAUUCAGCAACUCACGGGUUAUUCUGUUUAACCCUUUGGAUGCAUGCCGGUUUGAGCUAAUGCGGUUCAGAACAGUAUUUGCUGAGAAGACCUUGCCUUUCACGCUCAGGACGGCAGCAAGCAUCAGUGGGGCAGAGGUGGAGGUGCAGAGCUGGCUUAGGAUGUCAACUGGCUUCUCCUCUAACUGUGACCCUCUCACUCAGGUUCCCUGUGAGAAUGUGAUGGUUUGUUACCCUGUGCCCAGUGAGUGGGUGAAAAAUUUCCGCAGGGAAAGUGUCCUGGGGGAAAAGUCUUUGAAAGCCAAAGUGAACCGGGGGGCAAGUUUUGGCUCCGCUAGUGUAUCUGGCUCUGAGCCUGUCAUGAGAGUAACUCUGGGAACUGCCAAGUAUGAGCAUGCUUUCAACUCCAUUGUGUGGAGGAUAAAUCGACUGCCUGACAAAAAUUCAGCUUCUGGUCACCCACACUGUUUCUUCUGCCACCUUGAACUUGGCUCUGACCGGGAAGUGCCUUCCAGAUUUGCCAGUCACGUGACUGUUGAGUUCAGCAUGCCCACAACCUCAGCCUCUAAAGCCGCCGUAAGAUCCAUCUCUGUGGAAGACAAGACUGACGUCAGGAAGUGGGUCAAUUAUUCUGCACACUACAGCUACAAGGUGGAAAUUGAACAAAAAAAGAGUUUAAAGCCAGACUCUGAUGGAAAUGAAAUGGAAAAUUCCACGGAGUGUGGGGUCCAGUGACGAUGUCCCACCACAGGGGACCCUGACCCAAGAGUAAUGAUAGGAUCUCUUCCUGAAUAGCUGAAGUUCAAGUCAGUACCUGCCAUGGUUACUCCUUGUUGGGAACAGUGUAGCAGACCUUCCUGUUUACAGUUGCUUAUGGUUUAACAGGAAACCCUGAAUGGUUGCUUUGGAAAAGCUAGAUGGUUCUGCCUAUGCCUGAAACAGGUGGUUCACCUGAGGGUGGGAGCGUAUUGUAUAACUAAACCUCCUUGUUUCAUCUCUGCUUAUCUUGCAACACUGGUCUGUGAUAUAUUGCUGUUAGAGUCAGGAAAGAACCCCCCCGGCCCCCCAUCAGUGUUACCCUGAUUUAGUUUUGAGGUUCAGUUGUCAUAUGAGUUUCUGGGAAACACAGUCUUGAGAAGUUAAUUCCCUAAGAAUCCACCUCUGUCACUCCCUCUAGUAAAGGUUCAGAAAAGGUGCAAAAAGAAUUCCUCUUUUCGUCCACUAGGCCUUUUGUGGUGUCUUCAUUCUCUAAAUGUGAGCGCUAUGCAACAUCAGUUUUCAAAAUGUCUUCUCACCUGGUUCUAGACUGUCUAGAUAGAAACAUGUUUUCCGUCUUGCCAAGGUUUCAGUCCCAGGGUUAGCCACCCUGAGUCACAAUAGACAAUAGAAACAAAGGCACAAUUGGGUAUUUUUCUACUUGUGAUGAAGACCAUAUUUCUACAAAAGAGCAGCUGCUGAAGAGAAAGCAAAAAUUUUCUUCUUUCUAGUGAAAAGGGACAUUAAUUGUAAGAUUAUAUUCACUUCAGGAAACAGCUUCCAUCUCAGUGAAUCCCCAAAUUCACAUUGAAAAAUAUAGGCCAUUUCUGCUUCCUGAAACAAAUAUAUUUAUUAUACCUCAGGCAUUUGUGGGGGACAUUUGGGAGAUCUUUUUAUACCUCAUAGCCAAAUGACAGCUGCAUUUCUCUUUAACUCAAACUCAUUACAGGAAAUUUAAGUCAAAAAGAUAAUUUUAAAAGCUGUUUUAAAACUACACUUUUGAUUACUUUCCCCCAAAAUUCAGAGUUUGAUAAUCACAGUAUUGUAAUAUAUCUAAAAGGUAGAAGACUGUAGGUUAGAGAUGGGGAAAGGCCAUAUUUUUCUAAUGCCGGAACACUAAAUUCUGACUCUAAGACCCUGAGACGCUUAAUCUUUCCUUUCAUCUGUUCCCAUUCAUAUUCUAUACCUCUGCUUCUUAUUUGAAACUUGGCAUUUUCUUACCAUAAAAAGGAAUGGCAUGAGCCAUCCCAAAGGGGAUACCCAUCUAACAAUUCAAAGGCACAUUCUGUCUGCCCUUCUGUUUCUCCCAUAAAGAAUAGAGUAAGGAGACAGGAAGCCUGCCAAUGAAAUUUGAAGAUGUCCCAGAAAUAGAUAAGUAUCCCAGUUUGUUGGCUGACAGAUUUGGGAUACAUGUAUUCAUUGAACAUUUAUUGAAUUUUAACUAUGCACUGACACUAGGAUAUAGAAAUCAUUGCAGUUUUUAAAAAAUAUCUGAAGAUAGGACUGAAACUAAAAGAAUGAGAAAAUUCUGGGUUUUUUUAAUGCAAACCUAUAGUACAGAAUGGAGUGUGUAUAUAUUUGUGUUUUUGGAUGUGUGUGUGUUGACAGGAAGGGUGUUGGUUUAACAGCAGUUCAUGUAGACAUUUUUUCUUAGGGAAAUACAAGUUCAGUUUUGAGUCAGAAGUAUAUCAUGCCUCACAUACUAAUGUAUCCAAACUUCAACCUACGGCAUUCAUCGAAGUCCGGAGAGCCCCAGACACUGCAUUAGUUAGUCUUUAUAUGGAUGGGGGUUGGUUACCAUAAUUUAAAAGUCAUUAGUAAAUUGAAUGGUGCCAGAGGCAGACGACUGGGUUUUGAAGAUUCUGACCACAUAAGAAACAGGGGAAUAGUUCCCCGAAGAACAGAAGGUAUAAGGGAAUGAUAUAAUAGUUGUCUCUAAAUUUCUUUUGAGCUAUAAAUUGGAAGAGGAAUUAGUCUUAAUUGUAGCUUCAAAGGACAAAAAUAUAACAGAGAGGAAAUUUACAGAGACAGACAUUUGCAACAAUAUAAGAAUGAAUUUUCUAGGGAUGAAAGUUGUCCUAAAGAGAAAUGGACAGAAGUAGGAUAAUUUCCUGUUGCUGCAAAUGCCCAAACAAAGGUUAAAAAUGACUGUCUAUCCAGAUGCUAUGAAAAGGGAUCCUUGGAUUGAAUAUAGGUUUAGUUUCAACAGUAAUAGGAUUGUCUAACUUGAGUUGCUUCUUCCUUCAGUGUUUUUUCAUGCUCUUUGAAAUACAGUGGGGUUCCCCAGAGGCCUUUUUCAAGUGAGGGCUCCAAGGUGUAUCCCUUCCUCUAAUAUAUUAAAGGCAUGCAAGAUUCCUCAGAGAAGCAUCUGGGUGGGUUGAAGAGUUGGGAAGGUGAAAUAAGUGUUUCCAGCACCUUCUAAGCUCACUCAAACUUAGAACUCUCUCAGAUCUCUGUCAUAUCUGUUAGUGUCACAUGUAUAUUGCUUAUUGGAUCUUAAGUUUUUCCUUGGUUAAUUCCCAUUGCCUUUGUGAUUUUUUACAUGGACUUUUUCUUUUUUUAAACAAAGUGUUGGAAAAAGUUCCUUCCAUUCUAUCUACAACCAGCAACAAUAUUACAAACAAAAAAAUCCACCACCUUGAUUCAUCAGAUUUGUUUCCCUGCUACUGUUUUCAGGGAACUGAUUAGAGGUAGCAUUUAGGAGUUUGGGGAAUAUAGGUCGAUGUGUUUUCAGACCUAGUGUCUUACUAAUAACCUUCAUAGAAAAUACAGCUGGACAAAUCACCUUCUUGAUAUGCAGAUUCUAAGUUUUCCAUCUUGGACCUGGAUUGUGUGUGUGUGUAUGUGUGUGUGUGUAGUGUUACAAAAAAUCCUUGUCUGUGUUACCAGUAAUGUGAAAUAUUAUUAAAAGUGAAUUCAUAUUACCAUUACAUAGUAUUACUAUUAGAACAUAAAUUAGUUAUAUGGUAUCAAGAGCUGGGCUUUCUUUUGAGUCUUAGUGGCUUGCUCUGCAACUUUAUAGUAAAAGAGGCUAAGAAAUGUACUCAUGCUGAUAUGUCAACCAAGAGGACAUCAGGCACCUUAUGGUGGGAGGGGGGGUGUCCAGUAAACCCGUUUUGCCUUCUCUUGUAAACUUACUACUGGUUAUUUAUCAAAAGUUUUGAAUAUUAUUAAAUAUUAUAAGGACAGGUUUUGUUUUUUUUUUUCCUUUCUGGUUCUUUCCCCCUCCACCUUUCUGCAUUAUCAAUGAUGCUCAUAACCCUUGCAAGCAUUUCUAUGUAGAAUAUUUAUUUGAAAUGAGAGUAAUUUCUGUUCCAAUCCAAUGGGUGGGAGCAGGAGUUUAUUUCUCUAAAAUCUCAUGUUCCCAAAGAAUGUGAUCCAUUCUUACUCUUUGUGUUUCCAGUACCUAAGUACAAAGCUUGGGGUAUAAUAGGCUUCAGCCACCUACAUCCUUGCUGACUGAGCAAGGAUGAAUCUUUAAAGGACAUAGUCAUGGAGACAAUCACCAUAUUAAGUGACUUGCCAUUUUCCCAAUUGGACUUUGGUUUCUGCCACUAAAAAAAAAAAAUGAGGAAGCUGGACUAAUUUUUCCUCAGGUCCCUUCAGGCUCCAGUUUUAUGAUUCUUUUACAAAACAUCUUUUGGUGCCUCUGUCAGUGAUACCCAACAUAGCUCUUAAUAAAUUCUUAAGCAAGGAAUCUGAGAAUUGGGAAAAUCAUUUGACCCAUCUUUGUCCCUUUCAUAUCUUGACCCUUGACCAUCUGUGCAGACAACAGAAACACAAGAACCCUGCAGUCCUAUAUUUUGCAGUUCCCUUCAGAACACGGAUAGAUCUGUGUUUCUCAAAAAGGUUAGUGAAAAUCAGCUGUAAUAUUUUGCUGGAAGUUCUGCUGGCAUCACCCAGGGAACUGGGGUGAGUGUGAAGGGGAACAGAUGAGUCUCCAAAAUGGACAUUAGCAUCUGGGUACUACUUGAAGCAGAAGUAGGUCUAUACCUCCACGGUACUGAGGAGCCACAUUAGGAUAAUCAGUCAUUUGUAGGUAUGUCCUUUUAUGCAAAAGACUGCAGAAAUUGGGGGAGGAAAAAUCACAGUAAAUAUUCUGAGACUAUGUGAAGGUUAUGGUAAAACAAGGUGAGAGAAAGGGGCAAACCCCCUAAUCCUGUGUUUAAAAAAGUGUUUAAAACUUUUUUAAACAUAAACAUGUAAAAGCUACAAAACAGUAUCUCUUGUGGAGUGUUUUAGUAUUUUGUUUCUUUUCUUGUUGCUCGUCGAGUUGGUCACAUGUACCAACUUGAUGCCAACUGGACAGAGCAAGGAAUUCCAGUAUCCUGUUCCCUCCCACGUUCUGCCUCAGAUCAACCCCUCAGAAGUUCUGGACACCGUCUUAGCCACUUGGUAACCAAAGCCUUAAGCACCACGUCCUCACCACCACGUGGUGUCCUAUGGGAGCUGUUCUGGGAAAGCAGAAGUACAGCCAGACCCUGUAGCAGCCUGUUGGACAAAAAGGCCUAAGGGUUUUGAAGUAUGGGAGUAAGGGAAGGGAAAUAUAUGAACAUCUCCGAACAUAAGCCAAACAUUCAUUUAACCUAAGUGUCCACUUGCCAACAGACCCUGGAGAGAACUUUACCAUAUUCCAGGCAUUAAUCAGAAUCACUAUUUUAGCCAGGGGGUGAUACAGGAGCAACCCCCCCCCCCUUACCUUCUCUUUGGAUAAUGUCCAUAGCUAAUUUCGACAUAUUAGGAUGGUUGGGCCCAAAGUUCAAU